AUGACCAAUACUCAAAAUGAACUAAAUUAUAUUACAAGUGAUAUUCCAGAAGCAGAACUUGAACAAAUAAUGGAAAAUUAUUCAAAUUCAAUUGAAUAUGAUGAUGACAUGUUCAAUAACAAUACUGAAGAAUUCGAUGCAGAUUAUAUUUCUGAUGAUGAUAAUUUAGAUAAAAUGAUACAAUUCGAUUGUGAAAAUUUGGAAGUAGAAGAAAUGAUAGAUUUGAAUAUUUUUGCAGAAGAACAGAUAGAUGAAACAAACCAUGAUAAUAUUAUAGAAUCUGAGGAUAAAACUGGUUAUGAUAUUAAUGAAGUUGUUGAUGCAGCCAUGAACAACAUAAAAUAA